AUGGCGUCGUUCUGGAACAAGCGUACAACCAUCACCACAGGUGUUGCCAUUACUCUACUCGGAGCUUACUACAUCUACCAAUCACCAACUUCCAUCACAUACACCAUGUCGAAUUCAAGCUCAAGCAAUGGUAUUCCAGGCCUCGAGUUCAAGCUCACACAGACUUCGCGAAACCCGCCAGCGCUGCUGGUUACACUCAAGAACAACAGUCCGGAUACUCCCUAUACGCUGUUGAAAUGGGGCACUCCACUCGACUCCGCUGCACUCAACACUGGAGUGUUCAAGAUCGUCAAUGAAGAAAGCGGCGACGAGGUCGAGCAGAUGGUUCUCCAAAUCAACAGAAAGAUGCCGCCGCCGCAAGAAGAGCUUGUCACCAUUGCGCCGGGUACGGAGGAAGAGCUUACCGUAACAUUCGACAAGCCGUGGAUGCCGGAACAGAAGCCUGCUAAGUACAAGGUCAAGGCUGAAGGCGAGUUUAAGGGUGUUUGGGACAAGUACGGCACGGACAUUAGCGAGGACGAUUUGAAUGCGUAUAUCCAGAGUCCGUUUAGCGGAAAGAGAUUUGCGACGAACGAGGUUAUUAUGGAAGUUCACUAA